AUGCCCGAAAAAGUGAACGAAAUUAGUGCGGAAACGUGGCGCGAAUGGAUUCGGGACGCGAUUUGUACGGUGCUGAAACAGAAGCAGGUAGCAACGUUCGGCCGUAUCUGUGGUGCGCUACGAAAACGUCACACAGUUCACCAGGAAACGAUUGCCGGCUGGCUGCAGGACGCAGUGGACUGUGGUUUGAUCCGGACAAUAGAGCGACCCAAUGACACGAUCUAUCGCGUGGUGAAACGGUCCGAUGGGCAGACUGCCGAAACGCAGAGCAGCGCACGCAACGCGUACCCGGCGCCGAACGUACUUUGUAUCGAAUGUUUGAAGCCCAACCUGAAAGUCCCAAAUGGACAGAAGCCGGAACCGAUGAGUUCGUGCGUACGCUGUGGGAUAUCGCUGCACGAUAGCUGUGUGAACAAAGUGAACGGUUACGACACGGUUGCCGUUGCACUGUCCCAGCUAGUGUCCUGCGGAAACCGGUGGUUCUGUGAGGAAUGCAAACCGUGCGAUGGAUGCAACGUCGCGAACGAGAGUCUCAGCGCUGUGCAGCGGUGCGUCGUGGAGUGUGCUGCCAGCUGCGAGCGUCGAUUUCACUUUCAAUGCAUGAACCCACCGGUGGUACAGUCGGCUGACCGGAAGGUACGGGAGAGCUGGCGCUGUGGCCACUGUAUCCAGUACGAGCGGGUCAGCGAAUCGGCGGAAAGCAUCAAACGGACAGCCAACUUCGGGCCGGACUCGCGGAAAGCUCGCUUCCACCGUGCCCAACCCACCGAAGCCGACCUGAUCGAUGGACGUGUCGAGGCGAUGCGGCUUAAACUGGGCAACCGUGUGACGGACGACGAUCUGGACGUGUUUCGCGAUGUGCUGCGGAUGCGCUGUGAGCUGGAGCAGGAAAAUCUGGACCGCACACCGGAAGCCGUACGGUUGGGCCGGCACGAAAUCGUAACCUGGUACUCGAGCCCAUUCCCGCAGGAGUACGCCAAGCUGAAGGUGCUGUACAUGUGCGAGUUUUGUUUGAAGUACAUGAAAACGAACGACGAGCUUGGCCGGCAUCAGAGCAAGUGCGCGCUGCGCCAUCCACCGGGCUGGGAGAUCUACCGGGACGGUGAUGUUUCCGUGUUCGAAGUGGACGGUAACGAUCAGAAGCUGUACUGUCAAAGUUUGUGUCUGUUGGCGAAGCUGUUCCUGGAUCACAAGACGCUGUACUUCGAUGUGGAACCGUUCCUGUUCUACAUUCUCACCAAGCGCGAUCACCUCGGACAUCAUUUGGUGGGUUAUUUUUCGAAGGAAAAACACAAUCAACUGAGCUACAAUGUGUCCUGCAUACUGACGAUGCCUCAGUACCAGCGGCAGGGCUACGGGCGGUUUCUGAUCGAUUUUAGCUACAUGUUGAGUCGGGUCGAACGGAAGCCCGGUACACCGGAACGGCCACUGUCCGAUUUGGGCCGGCUAUCGUACCAGCAGUACUGGUGUUCGGUGCUGCUAUCGUACUUUUACGUGAACCGGGAGGAAACGCUAACGUUGGAAAGGGUGUCGCGUGAUACGGGCAUGAUCGUUGGUGAUAUUGUGACAGCAUUGCGGAAGCUAGGUUUUAUAAGGUUCAGCGUUGAACGGACCGGUUGUAUACGUGCCAAUCGUCCGUUUAUCUGCGUCGAUUGGCGUCGUGUUGAGCAGCAUCAUCAACGUACGGCAGUGAGGGGUGGGAAAAGGAUUGAAGUGCGUGAGAUGUGUCUCCAGUGGAUACCGAACAUGCGGUUAAGUGUUGUGAUGAAGCAGCAUAUGCAGGCACUGUGCAAAGCAGCAAAUAAAGACAAUUCUCCGGUGUCUUGUGUGUCAGCAGAGAGCGAAACGAGCGUAAUACGUAAUGGCAACAAACCCAGUCAGAACUCACCUUCCCCCGAACAAACGGUAACGAUUACAAGCACCGGCAGGACACGGUUCCGAUCGCGAAAGUACAGCGACACGAUGUUCGAUCUAUCGCUAUCGCUUACCACCGGAACUCCCAAAGUGCACCGAACGUUAAAGCAACCACCGAACACGGUUCCCGUCGUGAAGUACAGCAACUUGUUGAAGAGUUCAUCUGCCGCCGGCCUUAAAUUACCGUUCAUUGUAUUGGUUCCUUUGAAGAUGGAAGACGCCCUGGUGCGAUCAACCGUGGCCCGCAGCGCACCGAGCCCAUUGUUCGAUGGGGAAGAAAUUUCCCUGGACAGUGUGGAAGCGUUCAUGGGUACGCCCAAAAGUGAGCUACAAAAAUCAUCGCCCGAAAAGCACCCGGUCGCCGGAGCUGGUUUUACACCGAUCGCACCCUUUCGCCAUCGACAGGAUGAUGAGGGUCAAACGAGGAGCCCGGUAAGAGCGAGUGCGGAAACUUACGGUCGAUUUUGUACUCCGAAAACAACCCGCGGGCGUCAUGUGGUCGGCAGCUUGCCGAACUGUCGCAAACGAAUCAUCGACCUUGAGCUGCUGGCCGAGGACGAAACGCACGCCAAGCGGAUGCGGUUGGACGACUCGUCAGGAAUAUACGGGCCAGAUGAGCAGCUGGGCCUGCGGGAAAGUACGCAGCAAAACAUACCCGUCCAGCUGGUAGGUGGCGGCCACGGGAAACUGUUCGAGUUCACCCGGUCUACGACGACGGGUAAAGCUGCAAGAGCAAGUCUGGAUGGGUGGGUCGGUGUAAAGCCGGCCAAAGUGCUAGCAUUAGUAGGUAGAUCAUUACCCAGAACGAUUUAG